AAUAACAAUGCAGCACAUUUACCGCGAAGGCAGGAGAAAUACAGUGGUUUUUCUUGUGUACUUAACUUUCUUGGCUUCGAUAUCAGAAGCCUCUAUUACCCUGACAGUUCAUCCUUCCAGUAGUGUGGAGGUAAAUCAGACAGUGACAAUACAGUGCACCUUCUCACAAGCACCAGGUGCUGCCUACUUUCUCUCUUCCGUGAAUCCCACAGCAGAAUUCUGUUCUCUGGAAUCAGCCGGAGGAGUAUGUAGACAGACUGAAUGUGCUAGACAAUACACUACAUUAUGUCCCAACUCUACCACUUUUUUAGUAACAUCAGUAACCCUGACCCCAAACCAGGUCACCGUGGAUGCUGGUAAACAGAUAACUCUAACCUGUCAGACAGAUUAUUGUAACCCAGCAGCCAACAUCACGUGGUACAAGGAAUCAACGGACGUCACCAGUCAGGCUGCAUCCUCCACGGUCACUGACAGUAAUGACCUUGUGAGAACUACAUCAGUACUACAGUACACAGGUGUGGCAGGGGACAAUGGUCAACAGAUGUACUGUAGAGCCAUGAACAGACCAGGAAAAAAUGUGGGGUCCAACAAAUACAUACUGGAUGUAAGAUGUAAGUAAAAUGCACUGUUGCUAACUUACGUUCCCUUUAUGGCAA